GGAAAAUCAAUGUGAGUGUCUGACCUAAGUAAUGGAAAGUCAAAAGUUUGAUACAGUAAUUAUUGGAGCAGGGUUAAGUGGUCUUUGUGCUGCAAGACAGUUACAGAAAAAUGGUGAGAAGGUUUUGGUGCUGGAAGCCAGAGAUAGGGUUGGUGGAAGAACAUAUACUUUAAAGGAUGCUGAUCAUGGAGCUAUUGACCUUGGUGGGUCAUAUGUAGGACCUACACAAAACAGAGUAUAUAGAAUAUGUAAAGAGUUAGACCUGAAGUUGUACAAUAUUGAUGAAAAUGACUACACUGUUAUGGAUUUAAGGGUGUAAACAUCAACGCCAUUGAUUUAUGUGAGACUUGCGGAAAAACAGUGUUCGAAAUUAGCAGUAGUCUGAUAGCCCCUGACUACUAAAUUUCUCCUCGGGCUACCAACUUUUCACAGUAACAAGCCCGACCAGGC